GUUCAAGGUUCUCGUCUCACCGCACGCAGGUCGCUUGCUGACGACACCAAUUUACGGUUGCCCAGUUUGAAAUCAGUCUUCCCACCGUAUGAGAAUUCACAGUGGCAACGACCGGCGGUUUCUAAUGUCGAUGUUGACGAUGUACAGUCUUACGAUCGGCCUCCAGACAACCGCCCAACACAACACAAUUUUUCACUACCAACACCACCACCGCCAGCACCAGCUUUGUCGUAUGUGGGUUUACCUGCAUCUGGUUCCUGGACCAGUUGCGAUUGGUUGCAAAACGGACCACCCGUAGAGGAGGCCUUCGCGGGCGAAGGACGGAGGAAACUGCACAGGGAAGAGGUUAAAAGACUGUGUCAUGCAAACGCAGCCUGGACCAAGUGGUUUGUCGAGAGUCUUUAUGUGCAAUUCCGAGGUGAACCAGCGCCUGGACCGCAAAGCAGCUGCUUCGAACUGGCUCGGGACAACGCAGAUUUCAUCCGAUUAGUGCGCACGGAACAGUCGGCUGCAUCCAGCCAAUCAUUAGCACAGCAUGUCAACCAGAUGCGUUGUCGAUGGCCCAAUCUAGUCCUUUUGUCGAUCACCAGGGAGUCGCGCGCAGGAGACGGUGAUUGGUCCCCCGCGGAUAGAAGCAGUAGAACAGAGUCCAACUCGAGACAAUUCCUGAGUGAAUUUAGGUUUAACACACCAGACGGACAGAAACCCGUUGAGUUUGCACCCACCGGAAUUUCGUCCUCUUUUGAAGACCGGAGCAAAAACGCUUCUGUCCCCUCCACCACUGCGGACUCGCUUAUAAAGAAGAUCUUGAACGCGGCUGCACUUUUGAGGCCGGAUGACUGUGAAAUGCCACUGCUGAAAGCCCUAACAAUUCUGACUUCCGUUGACUUCCCAAACAGCGAGGCUCAACCCCUCUCCAAUGUAAGACAAUCGCUGGAGGCCACGCUCUUCGAGCACGCCCUCCAUCGGUCUGCCAGCCAUCUGGACGCUGCGCAACGGAUCUUCGCUCUGAAGGAACUCGUCUGCUACCUGGCAGUUAUCGAUCCAAGAGCAGUCUUGGAGUGUUUGGGGCUGCAAGAACUGGAAACAGUGUCUUAA